UUGCUGUCAGCAUGGACUGUGUUUCUGAACCUGCUGGUGAUCAUCUCCAUCUCUCACUUCAAGAAGCUUCACACUCCAACCAACCUGAUCAUUCUCUCUCUGGCUGUGGCCGACCUGCUUGUUGGACUUAUUGUGAUACCCAUAGAGGGCAUCAAACUAACUGAGACAUGCUGGUACUUUGGAACUGCUUUCUGCGGUCUGUUUAUAAUUAUCCUUGGACUGCUUCUCUCAGCAUCUCUAAGUAAUUUAAUGUUUAUUGCUGUUGACCGUUAUGUGGCUGUGACUCACCCUCUAAUGUAUCCACAGAAAGUGACAAUGACUAAAAGUUCAGUAAGCAUUUUUCUCAGCUGGUUUUGCUCCUUCUUCUAUAACACUAUCAUUGUAAUUGGUAAUGGAUAUUUUCACACUUCAAACAGAACAGAUGUGUGUUAUGGAGAGUGCAGCUUCACAAUAGAUUUUGCCUGGAGAGUUGCUGACCUCUUUUUUAAUUUCCUGUUUCCUUGUAUCUGGAUCAUAACUGUAUAUUUGAGGAUAUUCUGUGUUGCACAACGACAAGUGAAAGCUAUAAAUUCUCAGAUGAAGGGUGGAAAGCCUGUAUUGGAAGGCUCAGUGAGGAGGAAAUCUGAGAACAAAGCUGCUGUAACAUUGGGAAUCAUUGUGGCAGUACAUCUUCUCUGCUAUUUACCAAUCUAUAUUUUUUCUCUAACAGGGAAUUCAGUAAUCCCUUCCACCACAAAUUUUCUAACAUGGACAAUGUACAUUAACUCAGGUCUAAAUCCUCUUAUUUAUGCUUUAUUUUACCCCUGGUUUAGAAAGUCACUUAAACAUAUACUAACUCUAAGAAUAUUUCAGGCAGUGUCCUCUCUGGUGGACAUUUUUACAGAUCAUCAUUCAUAA